UUGACGUUAAACAUUGUGGCGCAAACAUAGCGCGCUUCUGUCUGCCAAGCUCCUACUCUGGCCCUUCCACUUCAACACUUCAAAUUCACACUCCACACAUUAGAAUCUGGACUUUUUCUCGCAUCUAUUGUCCGUUGAAAGAUGUUGAAAUAACUCUCAUACUUUCAAAUUCAGCGUGCAAGUCAGUCCAAAAUGAAAUCCCCGCUCGUCACCUUCCUCACCGUCCUCGCUCUCCUCUCCCUCACCCACGCAACCGACAUCAGCAUCGAAAUCUACACCAACUCCUCCUGCAGCACCAGGAAAGAAGUCCACACGCUCCCGCCCAACUCAUGCCAACCGCAGUCCCUCCUGAGCGCCACCACCUGGUACACAAUGAACUGCAACGGCACCACUGUGCAAACCUACAUCUGCGUCGACGACGCGUGCGCCAACUGCGCUCUAGCUAGUGCGGAGUAUGUGUCGGAUGGGACGUGUCGGACGCUUGCGGGAAGUACGAGUGUUGGGGCUGGGGGGGUGGAGACUGGUGGGGUUUUUUAUAAGGCGAUGGGGUGUAGUGUGAUUUCAAUGGCGGGUCGGGUCGGGAUGGGGUGGGGGUGGGCGGUUGGGGUUGGGGUGGUUGUUAGUAUGGCGUUGUUGUAGAAUGUUCUUGA